AUAAAAUAAAGGGUAAAACGAAAGUGCCGCAAACGACAGGAUGGCGACAGCUUUUUCUCUCUCAGAAGAGGAGAACCCCUCUGACAAUGAGUUGGAUUUCAGCGAGGAGUCUGACAGUGACGAUAACACAGAUGAAGAGUCUGAGCCUCAGUUCAAUAGGCGUGAGCCCUGCAAGUUCUACAACAGGGGGGGCUGUGCGGAUGGUAAAAAGUGCCAAUACUUGCACAUGUGCAAAUACGCCCUGAAAGGAAACUGUUGCUACGGCUCCAGAUGUAAACUGAACCACCCCAGAGAGAGGAGGGCGUCCUCUGGAGCGAGAAACCGCUCAACAUCUACAGGGCCUAAGCUUACUGACGGCCGGUUCUACCAGUGGCAGCUGAAUGCUGGAAAUCACUGGUUGGACAUUAAAAAUGAUCACAUUAUCGAGGCGCAGUACUCUCUACCCCACACCAAAAGCAUUAAACUCCACAACACACAAUACAGGGCAGUGAGUAUAGAUUUUAAAAGACUGAAGGUGUAUGGAAAGGAUCUGAGAGUGAGACGUCUGGAUGAUGGAAACACCGAGUGGAUCUGGUUCUGCACCUUGGGUCGUAAGUGGAAGAAGUAUGGAGACAAGGAUUCAAAGGGAAACCCCGGUCCUGUGAAGAGCUCCGACAUCGAGAAUAAGUUCCAGAGUAACCCAACCGGCUCUUACGCAUUCAACAUUGGUGCUGAGACUUUUGAGAUCAAAUUUAAAGACAUGCGACAGGUGGGUCAAAAUGGAAAGAGGAAAGUUACUCGCCGACCGCUGUAUCGACACAACCAAGUGGCUGCAGCAGUGAAUAAAUGUACCAGGCUACUUUUAAACUGCCUCGUGGACGCCCAAGCUAACUACAAGCAGAAAAAGGAGAAAACAGCCCGAGGGUCCAACGGACCAACCGGGCCGGACAACACAUCAGUGAGCAGCCCUGAAAAGACAAAGGACCAAAGGAUCCUGAGAGAAUGCAGCUGUGGGUGGUCCAAAGUAACAACUUACCUGGGACUGCGUGUCCACCAGGGGAAGGCAAAGUGUGGCGGCAACGAUCAGCUAGUUUUUCUCCAGAACAUUGCUGUGAGCACCAAUCCACAAUGGCAGUUUGAGGGAAGCAGUGGAGCAUGGUACAUUUUCAAACACAGGCAGAGGGGCACUUCAACUGAGUGCUCAGUAUCCAGCGAUGACAUUGAGAGGAAGUACCAGCAGGACCCCACCGGCAGCAUGCGCUUCAAUGUGAACGCUCACUCCUACGAGCUGGACUUCCAAGCAAUGACCCAAACCAGCCUCCAGAACAGAAGUUCACGCAACAUCAGACGUGUGCUUGUAUGAGCGUGAAGGAAGAUUUUGUGGACCUCAGGGAGAAAGUCUACAUCCGUUUUAAAAAAAACAA